AAAGCUGUUGGUUUUACAGAGGUUGCGCAAUUAUUAGAUUCACCGCCUCAGUUUCAGCACAGAAGUUUGUAAAAAUAGUGAAAUAAUUGUCAGAAAAUCAAAUUUAUCCUUAAAUUAACUAGAAACAGCUGUUAAAACAAUCCACUGAUAAUGCCAACUAUUGGAAUUAAAAGAGAUCAAUUGUUCGGUGCACUUGGCAAAACAUACACCGAUGACGAGUUUCAGGAUCUCUGUUUUGAAUUUGGACUGGAACUGGAUGAAGUUACAACAGAGAAGCAGAUGCUGACGAAAGAGCAAGGAGAUGUUGCUGAUACUCAAAAUGCGUCUGAAGAUAUUAUUUAUCGCAUAGACAUCCCAGCUAAUCGAUAUGAUUUGUUAUGUCUGGAAGGUCUAGUUAAUGGAUUAUUAGUGUUCCAACGUAAACGCACAAGUCCUGUAUACGAAAAAGUAAUUCCUGAGAAUAUUGAGAAAAUGUUUGUUACUAAAACGACAUCACAAAUCAGACCGUUUGUUGUCGGUGCUAUUUUAAGAGACGUUAAGCUCGAUAAAGAUCGUUAUGCUAGUUUCAUUGACUUGCAGGACAAACUUCAUCAAAAUAUUUGCAGGAAAAGAACUGUAGUUGCUAUUGGAACUCACGAUUUGGACACAAUUAAAGGACCAUUCACGUAUGAUGCAAAGGCACCAAAAGACAUCCGCUUUAUUCCACUCAAUCAAACGAAAGAAAUGGAUGCAGAGGAACUAAUGAAUUUCUACUCAACUCAUGCACAACUGAAAUCGUUUUUGCCAAUAAUUCGCGAUUCUCCCGUCUAUCCAGUCAUUUACGAUGUCAAUAAUGUGGUUUUGUCACUUCCACCGAUCAUCAAUGGUGAUCAUUCCAAAAUAUCUGUUGACACUAAAAAUAUUUUCAUUGAAUGUACAGCUACAGACUUGACAAAAGCUAAAAUUGUCCUAGACAUAAUUGUCACAUUAUUCUCUCAAUACUGCUCUGAGCCAUUUAAAAUUGAAGGCGUAGAAGUACAUAAUGCAGACGACACUAUUGUUGUAUAUCCAGAACUUGCUGUUCGAACUGAAAAUGUCUUUGUGGAUAAAAUGAACAAAUAUAUUGGAAUUGAAUCGACUGCAGAAGAAGUUGCAGACAUGUUGAGUAAAAUGUUGCUUAAAGCAUCAGUCGUUAAUGACAAUGAAGUUGCUGUCCAAAUUCCACCAACUAGACAUGACGUAAUUCAUGCGACAGACAUUAUUGAGGAUGUCGCUAUUGCUUAUGGAUACAAUAAAAUUGUAAAUACAAUUCCAAAUAUCAAUACAGUCGGUGGAAUGUAUCCAUUAAAUAAAUUAACGGAAUUGCUUAGAGUUGAAAUGGCACAAUCUGGAUUUACGGAAGGCUUAACAUUCACAUUAUGCUCAAAGGAUGAUGUUGCGAAGAAAAUGAACAAAACUAUCGAAAAGAUUCCAGCCGUUCACAUUGCUAAUCCAAAAACUGCUGAAUUUCAAAUAGCCAGAACAACUUUACUGCCUGGAUUGCUUAAAACUUUGUCAGCUAAUAAGAAAAUGCCUUUGCCACUUAAACUCUUUGAGAUUUCAGACGUAAUAUUGAAGGAUGAUGAAUCGGAAGUUGGAGCUAGAAAUGAGAGACGACUUUGUGCUGUAAAUUACAAUAAGCAUGCUGGAUUUGAAGUUGUUCAUGGCAUUUUAGAUAGAGUGAUGCAAGUUUUGGAAGUUCCAUGGGAUAAAACUAAUGGAUAUUCACUAAAGUCCAUUGAUGAUCCAUCAUAUUUCCCUGGUAGAUGUGCAUCGGUUUUAUACAAAGGAGCGUCUAUUGGAAAAUUGGGAAUAUUACAUCCAACAGUACUUGAUGCUUUUGAGCUGAUCUUACAUGAAGAACUACGAGACGAGAUAUUUUUACGCUUAACAGCAUCGGAUAUCAAACAAGCAUCACUGGUGUCAAAAGAUUGGUACAACAUAAUUGGAAAGUCAAAGUUAUGUAUGGAAAAGCUGUGCCUAGCAAAAUACGAAAGUUUUGACGGUUUUGAGAGUAUUUUGGAAAGCAAUCGACAGUAUCAGUACCUUACUUUAAUGACUCCAUAUUCAGAACUGAAGAAGAAUACAAAAUACUUGCGUGUAUUACGCAGUAUUGUUGAAAAAUUCUCAGAUUCGCUGCUAUGCCUUAUAAUAUCACAAGACUUAAAGUUAAAAAUUUAUCUUCCGAAGCUUAAAGAAUUAAAAUUUAUGAUUUGGGAAUUUGAAUCAAAUCCAAUUAAUCUUAUCGUAUCAAAUGGAUUAAUUACAAAAGCCAAGCAUUUGAAGAAACUGCAUAUUAGAUAUCAAAAGUUGGAAACUAAAUCAUUAAAGUACAUGAAGGAUGCUUUAGAGAAUAACGAAAGCUUGAAAAUAUUGAAAAUUUUUGACGUCAACAUAAUCAAGGAACUGAAAACAAAAGACUUAAAAUUAAAACUCGAUGAGUUUUAUCUUUAUCAUUUUUAUGUUGAAAAUAAAAAAGCCAUUCAAGACUUCUUGGGUACGCAAGCUUCAUCACUUCAAGUUGCUGAAUGUCCAUUUAAUAAGGAAUUUAUCACAUAUUUUAUGUCAAGCUUACCAAAACUUCAUACUCUAGUUUUCAUAUACGAUGUGAAUACAUUUCGCUAUCAAAUGAAAUUUGAAGAGCCAGAAUAUCCAUCGAAUGAGAGAAUAACAAAAUUAAUCUUUAAAACGAGCUUAUACUUGGAUGAUAACAAUUUUUUACACACCUCCGCAAUUAUUACUAAGCUUCUGAAUCUACAAGAAAUUGAAAUGGACUAUUUGAAUCCACCAAUGCUGCCUCUUUUUAACAACAGUCCAUCGCUCAAAGUCGUUAAAUACUGUUACUUAUGGUUUUUCAGUACUCAAGCUCAAAAAGAUGAAAUGGCGCAGCAUGAAAGGAUCAAAUUUAUUAAAAUUACUAAAUUAUGA